GAAGAAGUCACCUGUCUCUGCAACGCCCACAUGUAUCUCUAACUCUUCAAUUCAAUUCUCCAUUCCUUUCUACUUUUACAUAUUUCUAUAUUAGCUAUCUGUAGCUACACUUCCUCUUGAUUGACUAUUCUUCUUUUAAUCUCUUUACUCUCUCAAAUGGCCGCAUUUUUGUCUAUUCUCAGACGCCUAUACCUCGUAGUUUACAACUGGACCGUCUUUGUCGGAUGGUGUCAAGUUUUGUACUUUGCUGUGAAGACCUUGAAGGACUCUGGCCAUGAACAUGUCUACAAUGCCGUCGAAAAGCCUCUCCAGCUUGCCCAAACGGCUGCCGUUUUAGAGAUUCUUCAUGGGCUAAUAGGCUUGGUGAGAUCUCCCAUAACUGCAACAUUGCCACAAAUAGGUUCAAGAUUGUAUGUAACAUGGGGUAUAUUAUGGAGUUUUCCUCAGACCCAGACUCACAUACUAGUUAGUUCACUGGUCAUCAGCUGGUCCAUAACUGAGAUCAUUCGGUAUUCUUUCUUUGGCUUGAAGGAGGCUAUUGGUUUUACACCAUCUUGGCUCUUAUGGCUGAGGUAUAGUACAUUUCUGUUGUUUUAUCCAACUGGCAUCACCAGUGAAGUCGGUUUAAUUUAUAUUGCCCUUCCAUACAUAAAGGGAUCUGAAUUGUAUUCUAUAAGAAUGCCGAACAAAUGGAACUUCUCAUUCGAUUACUUCUAUAGUGCACUUCUUGUUCUCGGACUCUAUGUCCCAGGUAGUCCUCAUAUGUAUACCUACAUGCUUGCGCAAAGGAAGAAAGCUCUUUCCAAAUCAAAAAGGGACUAGGAAAUUUUGUGUUACAUUCUUUACUAUCAUUUACUUGCAUGCUAUCAGUGUUUUGGUUCGACAGCUUUGUGCUGAGCCUGGACCAGUUAUUGAAAUAUCUUGAAAAUCAAAGAACACUCCGAUUGUUUGUUUAUAUUUCGAUUAGGUUGAGUAUGGUUAAAAGAAUAUUGUAUUAUUAGGAAUGUUACAUUAAGGGGAAGAUAGAUUACCUUGAAGAUUAUUGAGAAUGUUAUAUUAAUUAUGUUUAGUUAGAUUAAAAUAAAUUGGUG